UUCAGCAGUCUGGAUGUUUCUGCUCAGAUGAAGCCUGUCGCUGGCAUUCCCAGCUGGGCUCUGAGACUCCGUAAUGUUCAGAAGUUGGGCGAUUCGUUCCGGGGCUUCUGCAGCUCCGAGGCCGAGCUGGAGGCCAUCUUGUGUCUCCAUAAGCAGCAGACCGGCUGUGUCUUCGGGACGCGCCAGUCUCCGUCGGUGGACAAACCGGCCACCAGGUUAAUGUGGAAGUCUCAGUACGUUCCCUACGAUGGGAUCCCCUUCAUCAACACAGGCAGCAGAGCCAUCGUGAUGGAGUGUCAGUUCGGACCUCGGAGGAAAGGCCUGCAACCCCCCCGCAGCUCUGAACUCUCUGCACACGGCCCGUACAGGGCCACCUGUCCCGCCAGGAUCUACAUUAAGAAGGUGCGUAAGUUCCCAGAGUUCAGAGUUCCUGUGGAGCCGUCGGCCGACAGGAAGACGGUGAGACAGGAGCAGGAGAAAUCCUUCCAGGGUCUGAAGACCCAGAACCAGAACCUGGAGACAGGGGGAGUCCUCAGGUUUUACCUGCAGCUGCCCACAGAGAGAGCUCACCUGUACCACACCGUGGACACGCCCCCCCCCCGCUGCCCCCGGAUGCCCCCCCCUCCCCCCACACAGCCAGAGGAAGAGGAGGAGGAAGAGGAGGAAGAGCAGGACGGAGCCGGCCCGUCUCGUCUCCAUCCUCGGGUGGCGGAGAAGAUCAGACAGCUAGUGGCCGCCGGACAUCAUCAGGUGUACAGUGUCCGCAAACAACUCAGGCGUUUUGUGGAGAAGGAGCUGUUUAAAUGUGACGGUCUUCCAGAGAGACACAACCUCAGAUACUUCCCCACUGUCAACGACAUCAAGAACCACAUCCACGAGGCCCAGAAGGCCCUGGGGCUGACCACCGCCACCGAGUGGACAGAAGACAGAACUGACCCUCUGAUGGAGACCAUCACGCUGACACUGACUCCUGCUGCUGAAGUUGUGGACAUCUCUUUGUCUCCUGACGCCGUUCAGCUCUUCACGUCUCUGUCCUCUCUGCAGCCGCGGAUCUUUGCUCAGCUGCAGGGGAUCGUGCCACCGGCCGUCAGCACAGCCUCCCUUCUACAGACACCUGCAGAGAAACAGCUGCUUCUGCAGAACGGAGAGAACAGCAGAGAGAGAGGAGAGAACAGCGGAGAGAACAGCGGAGAGAACAGCAGAGAGAGAGGAGAGAACAGCGGAGAGAACAGCGGAGAG